GAGACAGGGGAAGGGAGAGAGGCUGCGGCGACCGAGAAUCAUCCCUCCUUGUAAGGAGAGAAACCAUACAAGGGAAAGGGGAGGAGGUGACGGACGGAAAUCCUUCCCUAAUUCGCUUGAUCAACGAGCGAUUAAACUAAAAUUGAGAAAUCUAAAUAUCAGGCUUGAAGAAAGAGAUCCUCUCCUUCUCUCUCCGUCCGUCAGUUAAGAUGGACGGGAUCUUCAACAAGUUCCGCAACCUAGAUGCGUAUCCGAAGGUCAACGAGGAUUUCUACAGCCGUACGCUAUCCGGAGGUCUCAUCACUAUCGUUUCCUCCAUCUUCAUGCUGUUGCUCUUCUUCUCCGAGCUCAGACUAUAUCUUCACGCAGCUACAGAAACAAAGCUCACAGUAGAUACUUCAAGAGGAGAAACUCUUCGUAUCAAUUUUGACGUCACCUUCCCCGCCCUUCCAUGUUCUAUACUCAGUCUUGAUGCAAUGGAUAUCAGUGGAGAGCAACAUCUUGAUGUAAGGCAUGAUAUAAUCAAGAAAAGGAUAGAUGCUCAUGGCAAUGCAAUUGAGUCUCGGCAGGAUGGAAUUGGUGCACCCAAGAUCGAGAAUCCUUUGCAGAGACAUGGUGGAAGACUUGAACACAAUGAGACAUAUUGUGGUUCUUGUUAUGGUGCAGAAGCGUCUGAUGAACAUUGUUGCAACUCAUGCGAAGAAGUUCGUGAAGCAUACCGAAACAAAGGUUGGGGGCUGUCGAAUCCUGAUUUGAUUGACCAGUGCAAAAGAGAGGGUUUCCUCCAAAGGAUUAAAGAUGAAGAUGGCGAAGGAUGCAACAUCUAUGGAUUCCUAGAAGUCAACAAGGUGGCUGGAAAUUUUCAUUUCGCCCCUGGAAAAAGCUUCCAACAAUCGAAUGUUCAUGUACAUGAUUUGUUGGCAUUUCAAAAGGAUAGUUUUAAUAUCAGCCACAGAAUCAAUAGAUUAACGUUUGGAGAAUAUUUCCCUGGUGUUGUCAAUCCUCUUGAUGGAGUUCAAUGGAUACAACAAACACCAUUCGGGAUGUAUCAGUACUUCAUCAAGGUGGUUCCAACUGUCUACACUGACAUAAGUGGGCACACAAUCCAGUCAAAUCAGUUCUCUGUAACAGAGCAUUUUAGGAGUGCGCAACUUGGUCAAAUUCAGUCUCUUCCAGGAGUCUUCUUCUUUUAUGACCUUUCUCCUAUUAAGGUGACAUUCACAGAGCACCAUGUGGCAUUCUUACACUUCCUGACAAAUGUUUGUGCUAUAGUAGGAGUGGGACAAGAUUUGGGCGAGCGGCCAUCACCAUGGGUUUGCUCUCUACAGGUAUUUUCACGGUUUCAGGAAUAUUAGAUUCGUUCAUAUACCAUGGUCAAAGGGCAAUCAAGAAGAAGAUGGAACUCGGCAAAUUCAGCUGAUCAUGAACUGCGCAUGCAUGGCUCUCUUCUGGUUGCCUGUUGGCUUUAUGUGAAUAGUUUGGUGGGAAGAGAAAAUCAAACGGCUUUCAGAGUAGAGGAUGGAAUAGCUUUCUGCCAACAAUUAGUGGGCCUCUUAUUCCCAACUUGAUUGUGCCAUUAAAUAAGUUAAUCCAUUAAUGAGUUAGUUCUCUUGGUUA